GAAUUGUACAUUCAUCGAGCUCGCUAUAUUUCGGACCUUUUUGUUAGCGUUCGAGAUUUCGUGGACGACUCUACCGACGGUGUUGAACUUUGAGUAGAUUCGUUUCAUCGAAAACCUUCGUUCGAUUUUGGAAGUCGGCGUAUUAUUAAUCAGCGCGUAUACCGGUCCGUGUUUCAAACACUCAUAAUCAGUCAUUUUCGCCACAUGAAUGUGUAAAACUGACCGUAUUUCAAGCUGUGUAAGCUCCGUUGGAAUCGCAUGAGAACAAACGGGUGCUCUGCAAAAUCAGCUCAGUUGUAGUUUUUGCGGAGCUCUCUGCCGAAAUUUAAAUUGAUGCGCCACUUGGAGCCUGAGGAUAUUCAUUAACAGAUGACCUAACACUAGAAAAACUCGCGAAAGGUGCACGGGAAGAGCUGGAGGAUAAUCAUGGCCAAGUUUUUGGACAAAGAUCCGUUCAGCUACGAACGGGAGAAAAGGGAAUUUCUCCAUGCACUUCGACAGUAUCAUGCGACAAAAGGUGUACAGCCGGCUAUGUUCCGGAUGCCCAAAGUGUCGGGCAGAGACUUGGAUUUGUACCUGCUAUAUUCGAAAGUUGUUGCGCUCGGGGGAGUCGUGAAGGUCACCAACGAGCAUAAAUGGGAUAUCGUGAGUGAGGUAUUAGGAUUUCCCCCUGGAUGCAGUCAGAUUGGCUAUGUCAUUAGACAACAUUACAUCAGAUACCUUGAAGCAUAUGAGAAAGUACACUUCAAAGGAGAGGAUGAUGACGAAGCCAGAGGAAAGAGACCGCACACCCCUAUCAGCUUCGCCUACAGGAGAGAAAUAUCAGACAAAGUCCGGGUGUCACAUGGCUUCGCGAAGGAGAAAUGCCGGACCUCGGAAUACGACCGCAUUCUCAACUCCCUCCAGUCCGGUCUCCCCAACGAGGUGGACUUCGCCAUCAAUAUUUGCACACUGCUAUCCAACGAAGGCAAACACGUCAUCCACCUGGAGAAAGCGCCAAUGCUCAUCGACCUCCUACUCGCCCACGCAGGAAUCUUCUAUGAAGGCCCAGGUAGUUUGAGGAAGCUGUACGAGGAAGACUGGAUGGAGAAGACAAAGAGAAAGUUUGUUCAGUUCUGGUACGACACUAUCUCAGACAAGGAGGUCAGAGAGGUCAUCGGUCCGGGAUCCAAGAAACCUGAAGAUAAGAGACAGUAUAAGGAUGUGGAGCUGUUUGCCGUAAGAAAGAUGGGUCUCUCCGAUGUAGAAGGCCAGAGAAUACUACAGAUUGCGAUCAUCUUCAGGAACCUGUCGUUUGAGAGCCAUCACAUCAGUAGCAUGGCCAGCCAUCGGACACUCUACAGAUUCCUUCUACUCCUAGCUCAUAACUCCUGCACGAUGCUACAACAACUGGGCAUGGAUACCCUCACCAAUAUAUGCAAUCACAUUGUUCUAGAUUCCAUAGAUUACGUCAGUACACAACUCAUGCUGCAUACGAUUCAUAAAGGAUUACUUUCAAAUUCAGACAAAUUUGUCGCCAUCAGAUCAAUGGAACUUAUCGAGAAGCUCAUGAUGGUGGACAACAACCUGGACCUGUUCCAGCGAUGCCUGGAGCCCACCAUCUACGUCAAGAUCGUCACCCUCCUCACCAUCCACGACAUCCAGCUGCUCCUGGGGGCGCUAGAGGUCAUGCUGGUCAUGUCAGAGAGGGAGGAGCCCUUCUGCACCCGCCUUUCAAGUGUCCAUCGUAGCAUAGAUGUGCUGGUAUGCCUUAUAACAUUGGAUGCCCAGUCAUUAGGCGCCGACGCCUUCGUGGGGAUCAAGAUCGUCGACCAUGUUCCGGACGGCAUCCAUCACCCCAUCGUCACUAUGGGUAGACCGGGGAUGACGACGCCCAACAACGCCCCUCCCCAACCCCCGGCCAAGCUCCACACCCCUCCAGCAGCAUCUCAGCAACCAAGAACUCUUCUAAUGCCUUCAAACUCGUCUGCAUCACCCACCCCGCCCCCACCAGCCCAAGGAGGUCAGGCCAGGGAAGCAGACAUGGAGAACUUAGCCUGCCAGUGGUUGGGUGCACAUUACGACACAGACCCAGUGGCAUCAAUCACCAACAUAGACCUCUUUGCAGAGUACCUGUCGGUGUGCGGUAAGAUCAUGGGCCGAAACAUCCUCAACUCAAACGACUUCAUGAGAUGCGUCAAGAUUGUCUUCCCUGCAGUAGAGGGCAAGAAAGCAGACACUGAGGCAGGUCCUCAGUUCCUCAUCGCUGGCAUCAAAAGAAGGCGUGUCCCAUUGCCAUGGAAAUGGCAAGCCAAUCAGAGUGCACCUUCUCCUGGAGGAAAUAUGGCAGCUUCAGCCAUGAUAGCCAGGAUGGCCCAAAGACACUCUCCUUCUCCUACUGUCUCACCAAGCCCUCCUCCUCCCAAGGGUGGCAUCUUUCACCAAGGUGUUCCCCAGGGGGUUCCCCAGAGACAAUUGGUUGCACCUCCCUCCGGACCAGCUCCGGUUCAACUGCCCGGUCAAGUCCAUGGACAAAUACCAGGACACAUCCAUGGACCUUUGAUUCAGCCUCAUGCUCCCCCAAAUGGUCAAGGACCCACUCCUGGACAGAUUCUAGGACAAACUGGACAGCUGCCAUCUCAGAUACAUAUUCAUACACCAGGUGGUCGGCAAGUCAGUCAAGCGGGGCCAGUGAUGGCUCCUAGAGCUGUCACACCCAACACCCAGGCGCUAGUCAUGCUGCCGCAGGUAGUGCAACAACCAGUGCCAAGUAUAGGACAAAUGCCUCAGCAGGGAAGCUAUCCUAUGGGUGAGAAGCAGCUACAGCGAACGGAAGGACUGCAGCAGCAGCAACAAGCUCAGGGAGCAUCAUUGCAACAGCCAGUACCACAUUCGUCUCAGGGAGAAAAUGUCAGCGUUGCAGACAUCAUUGCAGGAAACAUGAGAGUCCAGCAACAACAGUUGAACUUUGGCUUGCAACAAUCCAAUGGCAAGCCUGUUAAUGGACAAAUGGGCCAAGCUCAAGUAUUAAAUGGACCUCAGAACUUUGUUGGGACACCCACAACAGUGCGAUCAAAUGUUCCUGUUGCGCCCAGUCUUGUCGGUACUGUAGCACAAGUUGAUAGUAGUAUGCCUAAAGGGAUUCCUCAAAACGCCAGUGUACCAUCAACAGUUCAUCAACUCGAGCAAGGAGAUGGAAUUUCUGUGCCGACCGGAAAUGGACAACACCAUGUUCAAUCUGAUACAAAUUCAGAGUCAAGUAUUGAAUUGAACUCUAAAAGUAAGAGCAGAAGUCGAAGCAACAGUGGGAAAUCAGGAAGGAAAACCCUGUCAAGACAAUCAAGCAAGAGUCCAAGCAGAGGAGUAGAGAAGUCCCCAAAGCCUUCGGCUGAGGAUACAUCCACAGAGAAGUGCAAACCCCCUCUUAAAGUGUCACUGCCAGAUGGUGAGGUUAGAAUAGAAAAGAUUCCCAAUAUGCAUGCUGUGGGAGUAGAUGAAGACGAUGAGGAUGCAGAGGACAGGACAGAUCUUGCAGAAGGAAUCGUUCGCCAGAUUGCAGGUUCCCCAGUCCUCAACCAGAGUUCCUGUGACGUUCCAAUGGAUGAAACUGAGAGCAUGUUGUCAGAGGCAGAUACCAUUGAGGAUAAUGGAUCUCAGACACCGAAGAUAAACGGGGAGACAUCAACGCCCGAUCUGCCUCAACCGCAGCGAAUGCAAGGACUUGUUACAACCAUGCCAGAAUCUUUUGCUCAUAGUCCAGCAGGAGUCUUCAGCCAACCUCAGCAGGCACAGGUUACCCAACAGUACCAAUUAGCAAACAGCAAUACACAGCCAGGAACAGCAGGAAUGGUGACGCAGUCCCAACCGCAGCAACAGUAUGUUAUUCAACAGCAGAUUCCAGCACAAGCUGUAGUCUCAAGAGGUAUGGUCAAUGUCCAAAUGCAUAGUAACCAGCCAAUGCUGCAGACACAGGCAGGAAAUAUGGUCCAAACACAUCCUGGAAAUAUGGUCCAAACACAUCCGGUAAGCAUGCCAGCUGGAACUGUGGUCGGGAACUCCCAGGGCGCGGUCAUCCAAACUCAAGGUGGGAACUUUGUUCAGGUGCAACCGCAAAUACAAAUGCAGGGCCACCAGACUGUCAUCCAUAACCAGACAAACUUCCAAGGACAGCAGUUCCAGACGCAAGUGCCUCUGCAAGUGACUUUAUUACAGCAGCCUUCAGGACAAGGUCAGGUUCAGCAGCAAGUCCAACAGCAGCAGCUCACUGUGGUAACAGGUGUCCAACAUUUUCAGCCUGGUCAGACAAUGAUCAUGACCAACAGUAAACAGCAAGGAAACUUUGCCCAGGCUACCAUUCUCUCCCAGAAUCCUGGCCAGCUUGUGGUGCAGAAUGUGAGUGGCCCUCCAAGAACAGGACCAAAGCCAAUUCUACCACAACCACCACCAGUGUCUACCAUGGUUCAGGGCCCAAGACCUAUACUCCCACAACCGUCACACCUGCAAGGGACUCAAAAUUUCCAAAUUGCAAGGCCCAUUCAGCAGCAUCAGAUCGCCCAGGUUCAAGGGAAUCCUCAGAAUGUGCAGAUAGCACGCUUCCCAGGUAUGCAGAGGUUACAGGGCCCCUUGAGCCCUACAAACAGGGACUCGCCUCUUAUUAAGAGGUUGCUUCAGCAAGGACCAGCUCUUCAAGCCGCGGCUGGACAGCAGCAACUACAGGUGAUACAGCCUCAGCAAGGCCAGAUAGUGCUCAACGCCAUUGGGCAAUCGCAAGGUGCUCCUAUGACAGUUCAAACGCAAGGACAGCCCAUGCCUUUGUCUCAUCACGUCCAAGUAGUCACACAGUUCCCUCAGGGCAUGACUGUCCAGUCCGCUCCAACCAUUGCAAACAUUCCACAGAUCCAACUUCAUCACCAACCCAUCCUGCCAGCCCCACCGGGCACCACGAGCCCCAACAUGAACAUGAAGGACACCAAGUCCAAGAAAAACCACAAAUCGAAACAUAAAAAGAAAGAUAAAGACAAGGACAAAGAGCGAGACAAGAACAAAAAUGGUAGCAUGAAGGACGAUCAGAGCAAAUUCGCAGAUAGCCAAGUGGCUGCAAAUGGUGAGAAGGAAACCGGCAAAGGCAGUUAUUCGGUCAAUGUGAUAUCAGAGGAUGGGGAUAAGAAGGUUGUAGGUGUUGUUUGCAAUGGCCUGCCUGUACCUGUAGGCACAAGGACUGAUGCCAAUGAAUGCAAUAACUCUGUAGAUUCUUUGAAUCAAGACACUCCUGCCAAGCAAGGACUGGCAAAUGGUUAUAUGAACGACAAGCUCCAUAGCGGGAUCAAACUUGCCAAGGAUGGCAUAGCUUCCAAAGACAUUGAAUCUCUCCUCAAGAAAACCCCUCAAACAAUUGGCGAUAAAGUGGACAGUGUUGUGGAACAAAUGAAAAGGGACAAGUCUUCUUCAGCGGAAAAUGGCAUCCUUGCUGACAAGUUAGGAAAACCUUGUUUGAAUCAUGUGAUGAACGGUGAUAUUGGAUCGCACACAGAAUCCCCCUUGCACAGAGACCCUUAUGACAGUAAUAACACAGUGAGUGAUAGACUCGAUAAGCUCUUUUAUGGAGCAGUACCAAACCUUAGCCAAUCUAACAUUCCAAACGCCAGUACUCCUAACCCCAAGUCGCUUGUGGCUUUCUGUCAUGAGAUCCGCCCCAGUUUUCCCAGUACCGUGCCUUCGGUCACUGUUGGUGCAGUGGCAAAUGCUAAUAAUAACAACCAGCAGAACUCUUGUCAGUCAGUGCCUCUCUCCACCUCGCGUUCUGGUGACACCCAGACAAGUGCAGCUGCCUCAAACAGGACUCAAAGCUCCGUCAAUCAGACGAGCAUUUCAGAGGCAACUGCAAGGACGCCCUCUGCUUCCUCACAAGUGGCGACAUCCGCUCCUCCAGCAUCAACUACCUCAGCACAAUCUUCCUUGCCUCUGCCAGCGCAGCAGCCACCGUCUCCUUUAACUGUCCAAGUCCCUAGCCCUUCCACUGCCUCCCCAUGCUUCAAGCGACCCAUCGAUGAUGUCCUAUUGUCUCCAGACGCGAAGCAAUCAGCGACAUCAAACCCAGCAGCCUCUCCAACAACUCCUGCUCCUACCCCUCCUUCACCAUCAACACCGCGUUCCAGUAAGAAAAGGAGGCAUUCGUCAUCUUCCUCAACGUCGAGUUCAAGUCGUAAGUCGAGUAGCACUAGUGGGAAAUCAGCACCUGUGGUUCAGAAGUAUGUCUGCGAAUGGAAGGGGUGCUGUAGAAAGCUUGGGUCUGGCAAGGCUCUGCACACGCAUACCUGUAUGGAUCAUAUCCUCAGCAUCAACUACAGGGGUAUCUGUGAGUGGGAGGGGUGCGAUCGCAUCCAGAGACAGAGAUGGUCUGUUGUAAGCCACAUCAUGGAUAAGCACUGUUCCGAGCAAGCCGUUCAAGCAUCGAUGGAUAAGCGAGCCCAGCGUGCAGCCCAGCCCACCCCUCCCCCUUCACAGGACUCCUCUCCUCAGCCUCCACCCAUUGUCUACAACGCACAUACAGCUUACCAUGCAAUACGUAGGAGCCUCAAUACACCUUCACUCAACGAGUUCUUGGGAGAAAAUGAAGGACCUGUCACUAAGAGUAUACGCCUCACAGCAGCUCUGAUUCUCAAGAACAUUGCAACCCAUUCUGCCAUUGGAAGAAGCGAAAUCCGAAAGCAUGAGCUCCUCUUGGCAAGCCUGGCGAUCAGCAACACCGAAUCCUCCACAACACUGGCCAAGUGCUUGAACAAGCUGGACCUGGACUCGUGACACUAGCUUCUAGAACAAUAAAGAAUCUUGAGACAGUGAGGCCGUGUGAGCAGAAACAACUCCAGAACUCUUGCAAGGCUUCAUGUGGGAAGAGCUUCUAGGAGCUCCUGUCGAUCAAUAUUCUCUAACAAUUUUGCUUUGGAGUCAUGACAACACAGCUCCAAGGAUGACAUAGCCUAGGAACAAUGAGGCUAUGUGGGGAUAACAACUCUAGAUUUCUUGAUAUCGCAGAAGUUCCUCCAGAUCAAUUGCUUGGAGAAGCCGGACAUUGGCGUUUGACAACAGCUCCUAAAAUGACAAAACCCCAUUGAGGCUAUGUGGGGGGAAAAACUACUCCAUAAUUCUAGAUAGUUAUGGAUGCGAAGACCCUUGUUGGAGUACUUUUGAUUAAGUGCAAGAGGAGCCCAAUGUUUGGUGAUGCUACAGUUCCACAUCCGAUUUGAAGUUGCAGGAUUUCUUCAAAAGGUUCAGAAUGUGAACUGUCUUUUAGGACUUUAAUUGCAUCAAGUUGAACUUGAGACUUUGUUGUUAAUGAUCUAGCCAUCAUCACUUGGGUUGAGUUGGGUCUUUGAGACCAGGGGGGCGUUUCACAAAACUUGUCAUCAGUGACAAAUGACGGUUUUUGUUAUAAGCUACUGAAAUCCUCGCUUCUGAUUGGUCAUCAGCAGAUUUGUGACUGAUUUUUGUCAUUUGUCAUUGAAAAAAGGCUUUGUGAAACGGGUCCCAGAUCUUCCAUCAUGAAGGGAUGCCUAUACGCUGUAUGCACAAAGUUAUUUCCCUCAAAAUUUCUGAUACACCCGUUUAAAUCCAUAUUUGCAAGUUCCUUGUGGACUCGCAAAUAUUUCUCAACAUGCCAAGUUUCUAUCAAAUCCAUAUUCUUAGCCCCGCUUACUAAUUUUCACCGUUUCCACAGCAAAUGUUAAGACAUAAUCGCAGAGGUUUGUUGCUAGUUUCAGGCAUUGGGUUAUCAGUCAUCUGUUAUUGACUAACUAAAAACUGUAUUUCCCAUUUUCUUUGCAGUCUCAAAAUAAAACUGGAUUCGCUUGAAGUUCCUGGUUGUGUAGUGAUAAUGGUGAUGUGUACCUGAACACAUAAACACUUCAAAAUACUUGGUGUCAUUAUUGAUAAAAAUCCAGUCUUUAUAUCAGUAAAUGCAACUACUUUUCAAUUAAAAUUGGUCAUUUUCAAUUAAGAAUUACAUUAGUCUUGUGAAUCGGAAUUGAACAUUGUUGCAAAUAUUUUGCCAAAUAUCCAGUGACAUAUUGGGCCACUUUGCCCCUUUAGCAAUAAUUCUUGAGAAUGUCAUCGACCCAGCGGAACACAUCCUGCUUUUGUCUCCAAACUCCUUCCAUUUUUGGUGAUAUUAUUAUAUAUACAUUGUUUUUUAUAGGUCCUCCAAUGACAAAUGGAGUUGUGGCGAUGUCUUAUAAAAAGAUAACUCUGUAUUAGGUUACAUGCAGCAUUGGGGUACCAGUAAGCAUUAGUUCAUGGAUACUUAGUAGAGAUUCUUUCUAAAAAGAAGGAUUUUUUAAAUGACAAGAGCAAGUAAAACACACGAUUGUAACAUACCACUUUCGUAAUGUAACCAAAUCUAAUGCAUACAUCUUUGUGAAGUGCCUUGAUACAAGUUAUUUCAUUCAUCUGUUUUGAGUAAUUGCAUUUCAAUAGUCAGAAUGCAAAACUGCAUACAUUGGUUGUUGUCAGGUAGGACAAACAUUAUGGCUUGCCCUCCCUUACAACA